AUGGCAAAAGUUGUUGUAGUUGAUUAUGAUAAUCUUUUAAAAAUGGAAAAAAUGUUUAGAAUAAAGAAAUAUCGUCCUUUUCUACAUACAUUUCGUCCAACAUAUCCAAUAGCUGUUUCGUCAACAAGUUAUCAAUCAAGUGGUUAUCGGUCAGUUUUUUAUAAUCAUUCAACAUAUGGUGAAGGUGUUCCGACUCAAGAAGCUCGAUAUGGUGGAAGAGGAACGAAGUUAUUUCUGUUUUUUUUUGUAUUUGUUUAUCAUAAGUAUCAAUGGCUUUUUUCUUUUUGUGGAGAAAGUGGUAUUGUUUAUUGA